GGGCGCCUCCAUACUGCAGAGGGCUUGAAUGCAUCUUGCACACACGCCUACACGCUCCUCUGUUGCUGUCCGUUCUCUACCGUGUGCUCCAGAGCGUGUUGCGACACCAAUUGUCUGAUUUGUGGCGGCAUUGCACUGCAUUGCUCGUCGGUCCUGUACCUGGUUCCGAUAGCGGCUCAACGUCACUCUGGGCACCGCGGACGCCGUGUACAGGGGAAUAGGAAACAUACAGUGCAACUUGCUCACACCCUCUACAAGUUGUAUACUCGACUACGCCGCUACUCGUACGCGUUCAGCUUCCCGUCGAGCCUCCGCACAGCCACCGCGAGGCGUCACCCAUGCGAGCAGUUUCCUCCUAAAACGCCCCACGACUGCCCCCCACUGAAACAGCUUCGGUAGUACCACGACAACAUGUUUGGCUACCUCACCAGUCGCUGGCAAUCUGCUGGCGACCCCAAGAAAAUCAGUCCCGGCUGGUUCGACCGCCAUGUCUCCCCAAUCCUCCUCUCCAUCGCAAAGAAGGCCUGCACACAUCCCAUCCACACCAUUGUCACCAUCGCAUUCCUCGCCAGCUACUCGUACCUGGGUAUACUCGACAAGGGCCUGUUGGAACAUGGCAUCGAGGAAGCGACCGGUCGGCUCGAGUUCCAGACGCUUUUGGCUGGCAGCAAGCGAUUGAGGGUGGGAGAAGAGACGUCGUGGCAGUGGGAAGCCGAAGAUGGCAGGACCAGCGUUCACAAGGAGAAGACGGCACACGAGCUUGCUCUCAUCACCCUCGUCUUCCCCGAAUCGAGCACCAUUAACUCUGCACCCUCGCAGCAGGCCGUCCCCAGCAAUGUCUCAGCAGAGCUACUCCCUAGCUCGUCGAGCUCCUUCUCUACCCUUUCGCACGAUACCUCGCUCGCCUUCUCGAUUGCGUACCCCGAAGCCGCCGACUUUCUCAUGGCAAUGCAGGAGAUCGCGGCCCCAGAGGAUGCAGCACAGUCUCAGGGCUCGGAAAAGGAGGGCACGCGCGAGGAGAAGAAGUGGAUGAUGAAGGCCUCCAAGAACGGCAAUGCGCCUGGAGGCGUGCGCAACUGGUUCACAGAUUCAUGGACCUCCUUCGUUGAUUUGCUCAAGAAUGCGGAUACAGGCGACAUCAUCAUCAUGGCACUGGGUUACCUCGCCAUGCACUUGACAUUUGUUUCGCUGUUUCUGGCCAUGAGGCGAUUGGGAUCCAACUUUUGGCUUGCGGCCGCUGUCCUACUCGAAUCUGCCUUCGCCUUCCUCUUCGGCCUUGCUAUCACGACUUAUCUCGGCGUUCCCAUCAACAUGAUCCUCCUUUCUGAGGGCCUUCCCUUCCUGGUCGUCAUUAUUGGAUUCGAGAAGCCCAUUGUUCUGACUAAAGCUGUACUCUCUGCCUCGUUGGACGCACGACGGGAUGCCGAGGAGCACCGAGGCGAACCGCUUACCAUCCAGUCGGCUGUGCAAACUGCUAUCAAGAGGACUGGCUUUGAGAUCGUUCGCGACUACUUCUUCGAAAUCUUGAUCCUUGUUGCAGGUGCGAUGUCAGGCAUCCAGGGCGGUCUCCGACAGUUCUGCUUCCUCGGCGCUUGGAUCCUGCUGUUCGACGCCGCGAUGCUUCUGACAUUCUAUACUGCAAUUCUUACCAUCAAGCUAGAGAUUAACAGGAUCAAGCGUCACGUUGCUCUCCGUAGGGCGCUCGAGGACGACGGCGUGGAUGGAAAAGUGGCAGAAAACGUUGCCCGCAACAACGACUGGCCCAGGGCCCAAGACAUCCAGACUGGUACCAGCACGACGACUGUGUUUGGAAAGAAGAUUACCGUUCCGAAGUUCAAGGUCCUCAUGGUUGCUGGUUUCAUCCUUGUAAACGUACUGAACGUGGCCACUCUCCGCUUCGGCCUGUCACCCAGCAAGGCGUCCCAUGUGUCUGGUGUUGGCGCUACACCUCCUCUCGACCCGUUCAAGGUGGCUGGAAGUGGACUGGAUCACAUUCUCGCAAAGGCCAAGAGCUUGGGAACCUCAACCAUUGUCACAGUGCUUAUGCCUAUCAAGUACGAACUAGAGUAUCCGUCCAUCCACUAUGCUGAGCCUAGCAUCACCGAGACCGAUUCAGCGUUUGGCUCCAACAUCAGCACCCACAUUGUCGAUGGUGUGCUCAAGAGCUUGGAAGACCCGUUCCUUAGCAAGUGGAUCAUUCUCGCUCUGGCAAUGAGUGUCGUCCUAAACGGCUAUCUCUUCAACGCUGCCCGCUGGACGAUCAAGGAGCCUCACCAGCCACUUGAACCACCUUCACCGUCUGAAGUUCAAGAAGGAGCUCCUUCCGUGCCGCCAACGCCUCGCGUAUCUUCAAUGCACAUGCCGACCCCACCGCGCACACCCGGUCCUGACGAGCAAGCGGGUCGUGGUACAGUCCAGCCCCUUGCACAAAUCGCCCGCCAACCACCACCCGUUCAAACGCAGAUGCUGCAGCCAGAAAUACCCGCUGGUCCUACUGAACAGCAGCAACAGCAGCCCAAUCGUCCUAUGGAGUUCUUGGAGCAUAUGCUCCGGGAGAAGCAGGCACCGAAGCUUACCGACGAAGAGCUUAUUGAUCUUUCAAUCAAGGGGAAAAUUCCAGGAUAUGCUCUAGAAAAGACGCUCGGUGACAAGACCCGCGCAGUAAAGGUUCGACGUGGCCUGGUCGCGAGAACACACGCUACAAGGGAAACUUCGACACUUUUGGAACGCUCGCUUCUGCCAUACAAGGACUACAACUACGAUCUCGUACACGGCGCAUGCUGUGAGAACGUCGUCGGCUACCUUCCGCUUCCCCUCGGUGUUGCUGGACCCAUCAUGGUGGAUGGGCAGAACUACUUCCUUCCCAUGGCGACUACCGAAGGUGUGCUCGUUGCUUCAACCUCGAGAGGUGCAAAAGCCAUCAACGCAGGCGGCGGUGCUGUGACUGUCGUAACUGGCGACGGCAUGACCCGCGGACCCUGCCUGGGCUUCGACUGUCUGGCGCGUGCGGGUGCCGCAAAGAUUUGGCUCGACUCGGACGAGGGCCAAAGGACCAUGAAAGACGCGUUCAACUCCACAUCACGCUUCGCUAGGUUACAAUCGAUGAAAUCCGCUAUCGCAGGCACAAACAUCUACGUUCGCUUCAGAGCAACCACCGGCGACGCCAUGGGCAUGAAUAUGAUCUCUAAAGGUGUCGAGCACGCGCUCACUGUUAUGGCCUCUGACUACGGAUUCGACGACAUGAGAGUCGUCACUGUCUCAGGCAACUACUGCACGGACAAGAAAGCAGCCGCCAUCAAUUGGAUCGAUGGUCGUGGCAAAGGCGUUGUUGCGGAAGCCAUGAUCCCGGGUAGCAUCGUCAAAUCAGUCCUAAAGUGUGACGUUGAAGAGCUUGUGCAGAUGAACAUUUCCAAAAACCUCAUCGGGUCCGCCAUGGCAGGUGCCAUGGGUGGUUUCAACGCUCACGCUGCCAAUAUCGUUGCUGCUAUCUUCCUUGCCACUGGUCAGGAUCCCGCGCAGGUCGUGGAAUCGGCGAAUUGUAUUACUAUCAUGAAUAAUGUCAAGGGCGACCUUCAAAUCUCCGUUUCUAUGCCCUCGAUAGAAGUUGGUACCAUCGGCGGCGGCACCAUCCUCGAGCCGCAAUCCGCCAUGCUCGACCUCCUCGGCGUCCGUGGCGCGAAUCCAACAUCACCCGGCGACAACGCACGGCAGCUUGCGCGUGUCAUUGCGGCGGGAGUGCUAGCCGGCGAGCUUAGCCUAAACGGUGCGCUGUGUGCAGGACAUCUGGUCAAAGCGCAUAUGGCGCAUAACAGGAGUAAUGUUCCGAGUCGGGCACCCACGCCUGCGCCGCAGACUCCGGCUGGGAAUGGAAGUCAGACGCCUGUCACAGGAGGUGCGAUACAGCCUCUGAGCUCGAUUGCGAACGGGCCGCUACCAAGGCGGUAAAGGAUGUAGGGACGUAAUUUGAAGUUUUGGCAUGGAUGGAUACGGAUUAAUCACUGGCAAAGGAGUAGUGGUUAAUAGACUGGGGGUUGGCGAUAUGGGACGGUUUGCGCCUCGUCUCGUAGACAAAGUACCGGUUUUGGGUAUAUAUUGCAUUAGCAUUGCUACAUGGCUAUUCUUUCCGCGCUGUGUACAUAAAUUAAUGCAUUUUUUUAAUCUUCAUGCUGCUCUGUUUCUACACUUUUCUCUUUGUCUCUUUGUAUAUAUGUCCUUUCUCCUUCAGUCUUCUUGUUGUUCCUCCCUUUGUUCCUCUUUUUCCUUUUUCUGC